UAACUUUAAGAUAUACAGGGGGAGGGGGCUGGUACAUAAGAAAAAAAAGUUACCUAUUAGUCAAAAUUUUUGAAAGAAGACAAUUUGUUUAACUGCGUGCGAUUCAAUAAAUUUUUUUUUUCAUGAAUCAAGUUAUAUUAUAAAAUUAAAGACAUCACGAGUAGACUAUAACAUCCGCUGAUGACACAAAUAUUACGUUAAAUAUAUUUAUACAACGGAUGUUUUAUUAUGCAUGCGCACGUUGCCGACUCCCUUAAUUUAAAACUAAAGCAUGUGUUAGUUUAAUGACAGUUUUUAUUCUUUACUAAUGACUAUGUAUUUUUCUGUAUAAAAUAAGACAAAGUAGAGUAUCAAAACCUAGUAUAUUUCUAUUCUCUCCAAAUUGUUUGAAGUUCAAUAAUGGAUUGCAUUUUGAAGAACAAAAAUAUUACUUUGAAAACUUUUAAGUCUUGGGACUUUGCUGAUGUUUUUCAAAUUGAAACAGUCACAGAAAAAGAGAAGAUUUAUGUUAUUAAAAUCAUAUGUACUUUGUGUAAGCUUCAUCAAAAUAAAAUCUUAUCCAAAACCAAUGGUGCCGUGAGGGCAGCUGCUCUACGGUUUAUAAAUGGUACAAAUUAUGUUAAAAAAGAUAGUAUUUGUAGACAUUUGUCAGGAGCGACUCACCAACAUGCAAUUCAAUUAGAAAAUGAAAGCUUCGACAAAAAUGAUGGAGUAGCCAACAGUGUUGUUUUCAAAAAUUUGUCAACAAGCUCAUGUUUAAAUUCUUCUGCCUUGAAAGAAAUACACAUGCAAAAUUCUUAUCGUAACCUUGUAAAAAUUGCCUAUGAAAUGGCGUGCCACCCAACAAUGCCUCACGCACAUUUUUCUGUUUUGGUAAGUGCUAAAUUAGUUGCUAUUUGCAUUGAAAUACUUUGUUUUAAGUUUUCUUUGUUUUAUGUUGUUACUUGUACUUUAUUACUGAAUGAUUUUUUAUUUAUUUAUAAGUUGUUCCCUCAAUGGUACCGUUUCUUUAACAUCUCCUUAAAGUCGCGGUAGUCUGAUUGGUUGAUUUAAAAUAUAAUAUAAAAUUUAUAUAAAAUAAUAAUUUAUUUGACAACAAAAUUUUAAAAAAUUAAAGAUACAAUACCAUUGCCCGAUCAACAGCCUUUUUAUAUAUCGGAAUGUAUUUGACUUUAGUAUUUGACUAUUUUAGGUGAGGUGCGC